AUGAGAGAGCUAGGGAAUCACCGAGGCGCGCUCCUUGCUGUGGAGGUAGCGGAACCGCUGAACGUAGUAGAAGACAAGCCAAGCGAGGGAGAUGAACAUGAGGAGGAUGAAGGAGACGGCAACAAAGAGGACAGAGGAGCGAUUAAGGAAGGCGUCCUCCAUAUUUACCACUCCUCCGCUCCCACUGCUAACCCCAUUUCCACUGGUACUACCGACAGUUCCAUCAGAGGAUGA